AAUCAGACUGCUAAAAUGAGUGGAAGAGGCAAGGGAGGUAAAGGACUCGGAAAGGGGGGCGCCAAGCGUCAUCGUAAGGUUCUUCGUGAUAACAUCCAGGGUAUCACAAAGCCCGCUAUCAGGCGUCUUGCUCGUCGUGGUGGUGUGAAGCGUAUCUCUGGCCUCAUCUAUGAGGAGACCCGUGGUGUGCUGAAGGUGUUCCUGGAGAACGUCAUCCGUGAUGCUGUUACCUACACCGAGCACGCCAAGAGAAAGACCGUGACUGCAAUGGAUGUUGUCUAUGCUUUGAAACGCCAGGGUCGUACUCUGUACGGUUUUGGAGGUUAAAAAUCUUCUUCCCAUUCUGAAUCAGAACUCAACGGCUCUUUUAAGAGCCACCCAAAUCCCUAUGUAAAAGAUCAUUCCAAUUUGAAAUGUUGCUUACAGGUUGGU